AUGAGGUAACGUAUCUAAGAUCCAUGCUACCUGCUUACAACUUCAAGAAACUCCCAGAGAAAAUAAUGAAAAACAUCUCCAACCCAGGGAGGAUAUAUAAAUAUCUUGGCCACAGAAGAUGUAUAAUGUUUGGAAAAAGACAUUUGGCAAGAAAGAGAAACAAAAAUCACCCUUUGUUAGGAGUGUUAGGUGCUCCCUGUCUCUCUACAGACUGGGAGAAAGAAUUGGAAGCCUUCCAAAUGGCACAGCAAGGGUGUUUGCACCAGAAGAAGAGACAAGCAGCUCUGUAUGAAGGUGGAAAAGGCUAUGGAAAAAGCCAGCUGUUGGCCGAAAUAAACUUCCUGGCACAGAAGGAAGGGCAUAGCUACCUUCACAGGUGCUUUGGAAACCCCCUUUAUUGUGAGGUCCUAUGCCAGGACCUUCUCUCUAAGGACAUGUUGCUCUUUCAUGACCUACAAAAGGAGGAAGAGGAAAACAGCAAGUGGGAAACCCUCUCAGCCAAUGCCAUGAAACCCAUAAUGUAUAGUAUUUCUCCUGCCAACUCUGAAGAAGGCCAGGAACUUUAUGUCUGCACAGUCAAGGAUGAUGUGAACUUGGAUACAGUAUUUCUCCCACCCUUUUUGAAAGAAAUAGCAGUAAGCCAACUGGAUCAACUGAGCCCAGAGGAACAGUUGCUGGUCAAGUGUGCUGCAAUCAUUGGUCACUCCUUCCAUAUAGAUUUGCUGCAGCACCUCCUGCCUGGCUGGGAUAAAAAUAAGCAACUUCAGGUCUUGAGAGCUCUUGCGGAUAUACAUGUGCUCUGCUGGUCUGACAAGAGCCAAGAGCUUCCUGCUGAGCCCAUAUUAGUGCCUUCCUCUGUCGACAUCAUUGAUGGAACCAAAGACAAGAAGACAAAGUUAGAUGGUGGGUCAGCCUCUCUUCUCAGGCUACAAGAAGAAUUAUCCCUACCACAAACUGACGUGUUGGAAUUUGGAGUGCCUCUGCUACGGGCAGCUGCUUGGGAGCUCUGGCCCAAGGAACAACAGAUAACUCUGCACCUUGAAUGUGCCUGCUUUCUCCAAGUUUUGGCCUGCUGCUGUGGGAGCUGCCAUGAAGGAGACUUUGUCCCCUUUCAUCGUUUUGCAGUUUGUUCUACUAAGAAUUCCAAGGGAACCUCUCGAUUCUGUACUUACAGAGAUACUGGCUCAGUGCUAACACAGGUGAUCACAGAAAAAUUGCAGCUGCCUUCUCCCCAGGAACAGAGGAAGAGUUCCUAGAUCAAGUGAAGAGGAAGCUGGCUCAGACCAGCCCUGAGAAAGACCUGUUGACCACAAAGCCUUGUCACUGAUUGCUGUGUCGGCCCUUUAGUAAGUGUCUGCAUUUCAUUCAAAUCUACGAGCACAGCCGUGUUCUAACCUCUCAGAGCAAUGUCAUGCUGGGGGUCCACUCCUCCCUGGCCAUGUGGCCUAUUUUGCCAUCAGUAACUCCUCCCUGUUCCCCCAGCCAUGAGUGAAUAUGCUGAAUGAGGACCUUUUACUUUAAGGAGUUCUUCUCUUGAUGUGUGACCUGCCCUGUCUAUCACCAGUGGGUAUCUGAGCUUAAGGCCUCUGUAAUGAGAUGUGAAAAGAGAGAAUUCAUGUCCCUAACUAACAGCAUCAGACCUUUUGACACCUGCUUGACCAGGAUUUGGAUAAAAGGAGAAUUUCUGCAGGAAAAUAACUCUUGGAAAAGAAACUUAGGAAUUCAGAGUAAGCAUUUCUUCCUGGAAUCCUUGUGUGAGAGACAUAAAGACAGUCUCAGAUUCUUACUCACAAGCAAAGGCUGCACCUCUAAAAUAAAAAGGGACACACAGAUAUAAGGAGUUAGUCCUUGCUCCAAAGGAUUUGACAGAGUGGCUGAUGUCAAGGAGAACAAGGAUGCAGAAGAAACUCAAGAUGUAUGUAUUAAAACAAAAGAACAAUAACCUGAAGGGACCAUGAUUCUGUUAUUGUAUAUAACACAAGGAAAUGCCUCAGAUUCUCCUUUUAAAGAUAUAGUGUACAUAUUAAGUAUACUAGCCUUUAUAGUUACUGCUAUCUAUAUGUUUAUCAAAAUAAAAGACUAUUUUUU